AUUAUAAAUUAAUAUUUUAUUUUUUAUGUAAAUCAACAUAUUAUAUGGAAAAUUAGAUAUUACAAAAAAUCGCAUUGACAGUGCAAAAAUAAGUACUGAUAUAAGUAAUAAUUAAUUUUCCCUUUUGUUGCUGUUAACAAUAAAAGUAUAUGAUAGAUGUUUCUUACAUUACAUACAUCAUUAUUAUAUCAUUUUUUAUAAUUUCUAUAUAAUUUUACGAUGUGAAUUUCACAUGGUAUUUUACAAAGCUUAUGAAAGUAAAUACACUAGAGCCUAAAUAUAUUUUUGUAAUAAAAAUUUCUUUGGAGGAAUAACUUGACCCGAUGAUCUUUGACCGAGCUCAAGACGCACGUAUAUGAGAACACAUAAGCGAUUGUAUUAGGGUGGGUGUGCGGGAAAACUAGUGUGCGACGCGCGUCUUUUCGCAUCUUUGGCGAAGAAGUCCUACUGAAGAAGGAUGCGUUUGCGCAGGACUCGCCGAUGGAAUUUUGCACCCUGGAAGCUCCCCGACAUAUAUCCGCGGUGGAUGGCAAACUAUCCCGGAUUGUUCAGUUCAGUUCAGUCGUCAUCCGAUCCGACGACGUAAGCUCGAGUCAGUGUAUGCAUCCCGAUUCUAUCACCGUAUCACCACGUCACUGUUAGCAGCAACAGCAAAGGUCGCCAAAUUGCACUUGCAAUAAAUCGUCAUGGACAUCGAAGAAUUCCGCGUACGCGGUAAGGAGAUGGUGGACUACAUCUGCGAGUUCAUGAGCAACAUUCAUACCAGGAGGGUCACGCCGGAUGUUGGUCCUGGCUAUCUCAGACCUCUGCUGCCGUCGGGGCCACCGAAUGAUCCGGAAUCUUGGGAUGAGAUCAUGAAAGACGUGGAAUCGAAGAUCAUGCCGGGCAUCACGCAUUGGCAGCAUCCAAGGUUCCACGCCUACUUCCCGGCCGGAAACUCCUUUCCUUCUAUUCUUGGUGAUAUGCUAUCUGAUGCGAUAGGCUGCAUUGGAUUUUCUUGGGCGGCCAGUCCGGCCUGCACAGAAUUGGAAACGAUAGUCUGCGAUUGGUUCGGCAAGGCGAUUGGACUGCCUACGGAUUUCUUAUACUUUAGCGAGGGCAGCAAAGGCGGAGGCGUUAUACAGGGUUCAGCAUCGGAAUGCAUUCUUGUGUGCAUGCUGGCCGCUCGGGCACAAGCAAUUGCGAGACUCAAGGAAUCUCCAGCACAUGCACACUUGGACGAGACCGCGCUACUCGGUAAGCUGAUGGCAUAUUGCAGCCGGGAAAGUCAUAGUUCUGUCGAGAAGGACGCAAUGAUAUCCUUCGUAAAGCUGCGCAUCCUUGAGCCCGACGAGAAAAGCGUACUUCGCGGGGAGACCUUGCGACAGGCAAUUGAAAGUGACAUGGCUGAAGGCUACGUUCCUUUUUUCGUCUCAACGACCCUCGGCACAACCGCCUGCUGUUCGUUCGAUAAUCUUAGAGAGAUAGGCCCGGUUUGUAAAAAAUAUCCAGGGAUUUGGCUUCACGUGGAUGCCGCUUACGCCGGAAACGCUUUCAUCUGUCCAGAAUUAAAGUAUUUGAUGGCCGGCGUUGAAUACGCCGACUCUUUCAACACCAAUACCAACAAGUUCUUACUAACAAACUUCGAUUGCUCCUGCCUCUGGGUUCGCGACAGAUUCAAGCUUACCAGCGCACUCGUCGUGGAUCCGCUGUAUCUCCAGCACACACACGCGGACACGGCUAUAGAUUACCGGCAUUGGAGUAUAGCGCUAAGUAGGCGAUUUCGCUCAUUAAAACUAUGGUUCGUAAUGAGGAGUUAUGGAAUAUCCGGCCUGCAAGCCUAUAUCCGAAAUCACGUCAUACUCGCUAAAAGAUUCGAGGCACUCGUUAGGAAGGAUUCUAGAUUCGAAGUUUGCAACGACGUUGUGCUGGGCUUGGUGUGCUUUCGUGCUAUAGGGAGCGAUCAAUUAAAUCAGAAAUUAUUGAGCACAAUUAAUGACUCGGGAAAGGUACACAUGACUCCGGCACGAGUAAAUCAACGUUACACAAUACGUUUUGCGCUCACUGCACCUAAUGCAACUUCCAGAGAUGUUGACGUGGCAUGGAGCAUUAUAACGGACUAUCUAAGCGAAUUAUUAGAAUUCAACGACGAGUUGGAGGACAUUCGUAUAAGAAAGAGAAAGGCCACCUUGGCGCAAAGGAGAUCUUUCUUCGUGCGCAUGGUGUCUGAUCCUGCGAUUCAGCCUGGAUUCACGAAAACUCCGAACAGGACAGGACCCAAGCUCGACACGCAAGCAACCAUCGGCGGUAUCGGAUCAAAUCCUCAAUCCGGAGUGAAAUCCUGGAUAUCCUGGCCACUUGCUUAUCUUAUGCAGGCAAAAGAAGCUGCUGAUACAAGUGAAUUAUCGCUCAGAUUUCGCCACUUGGACACCAUGGUGCGCCUGAAGACCGGUGGUACCGGAAGUCGCCGCGGCAGCAGUAACGGAUGCAGCCCGGAACCGUCCCCGUCUGCUUCACCCUCGCGAGGCAGAUCGCCUAACGGCCGUGCGUAAUCGCAUUACAUCGAUCUUUUCUUUCUUCGUGUCUUUCCGAGGAAUUCUCCAAGCGUAUAACAAUCGCAACGGAUGAUUCAUUGUGCUCCGAAACCCCAUUAUGCUCCAAGAAGAUAGACGAAGAGAAAAUCCACUAGUUACAACUUUACAUCGGGAACUGAUACUGCCGACAAUCUCGACAUUAAAGCCCACCUUAGACACACAUACAUAAUUUGGGACAGAGAAAUAAUUCUUUAUAUUUAUAUUUAUAUCUAAUAUGUCCAAUAAUUUCAAUGUGUCAAAUUGUAAAUAUAUUUAUGGAUAAGAGAACAAUCUCAUGUUAAAUCUUGAUUAAAAUUACAUACACAUACAUACAUUACUUAAAACGUGCACAAAAUUAUUUAGGUAUAUUAUUUAGCAUACUGUUCUUGGCGCCCAAAUAUCGUAAAACAAUUGAAACAAGUAAAACAAUUGAGCGUUCGUAAAUUGUGAAUUGUAGUUAUUAAUUAAUUUGUCAGCUUACUUACAUAUACUUGGCGCAUAUCUUCUAUUCGUAAAAAUUAAUCCUUCACUUUCAUCAGCAAUGACUUCAAUUCCCUAUAGAUAUCCUCUGUAUUGUGAAAUAUACAGAAUAAAAUAUGUAGAAUUUCGCUCUAUAUUCUGUCGCGAAUUACAGAUCGUCUAAAAUGGGCUUGAACGGAGAACUUUGCAUUAAAUUGCUCACCAAGAAAUAGAUCUGAUGAGAUGUCGCCGAAAUUGCCCCGUGGUAUGUUUUAUUCGAUAAGAAAUUAAAUAUGUUUCAAUCUCAACUGUGCGUCGUUUUCUUAAAUAUUCCUAAACCACGAAAGCUCUAAGGAACGCAAAGAAAUUAAAAAAAAAAAAUUAACUGAAAAAAAAAUUAAAUUCUUGACUGUCUCAUAAUCGAAUUCUCCAAUGAAAAACAAGGAAGCGCAUUUGGUUUUAAAUUCAAGAUUUGGAUAAAAAUAAAACACCGUCAAGAAUAUUUCAAAUCAUAUCGUACAUUAUUUCAUAUCUUUAUAUAAAAUUAUUGAAAAUGAUUGAUAUUUUUUUAAAAACAAUAAAAAAAUUUUUUAAACCUCUGAUCUCUUCGCAAGAGAAAAGAUGAUACCGAUAACGUUAAGAUACUUGCGUCGUUGUAUUUGAGUGACAACAGGUUGGUGUCAUAAGCAAACUACGCUACCACAAAAGUGCUUUGAUAUAGAUAGGUGUAAACAAUUGAAAAAGUUAACAACAUGCAAUCUCCCCUGCGAUCAACUGUUCAACUCUUUGUCUGCGUGUACGUCGAAUAAUUUCUGAAUUUUCAUUAGUAUUACACGCGAAAUUAUAUUGUGAGAUUCGACAGGCAGAUCUGCAACAGCCUGCGUAUAAUUGACGGUGUUGGAUUCGCUAAUUUCGCUCAAGUCGUUUAUUACAAUUACAAGCGACACACGUAAAAAAAAAAAAAGGAAUUGCCCGCAAUCAGAACGAGCUUUAAUUACUUCUCACGCGUUCACGAGCAUCGAAGCUCUACCGGGAUUCAAUUCGGAAAACGGCGGAUGCGAGUAGAUCAUGCGUGAAGGUGGCGAUGAGAAAACGAGUAGCGAUCGGCAUGUGUGUGUGUACAUGUUACGAAGAUUGAGCGGUGACCUGUCACCGCUUCCACGGGGUGUUGUAAAUGUAGGUGAAGAGUAAAUGUCUAUUUAUAAAACGAUGGAGAGACGAUGAGGACAGGAGGAGACGCGGGGACAGGGGACCGACGGGGGAGAAUUUACCCCCAUGCGCAGAACAUGGCACAUUGUAUGGGACGUUUAUUCAAACAGCGACCCCGCUGUAGCGUCAUUGAUACUGGUCUGCAGCAUCGGCUUCCGAAUUUUCGCGAAGCCGAUUAAAGAAACACAAACGGAGAAAAGAAUUGCUCUUAAGAUAGAACAUGAUGGAAAUCACUCUGAUUGUUGCCAAAAAUCAUUUGAGCUCCGAUACUCCUAGUUAAUAAUAAUAAAAAUUGCAUUUGUUUUGUUACUAAUGCGGAAAACAAGCUACUAUCUUCGUUGCAAUAACUAUACCACGUCACUAAUAGCAAAUAUAUGAGUAAUUACCAAUUUUUAACGUAUAAUAUACAAAUUAUUUAAAAGAGUCCAGAAGCAAAGGGGUUUGCGUAAUAAUGCGCAAUAUAUUAUUGCGCGUAUAAAAAAAAAAAUCAAAUAUUUUGCAAAACAUUUUAAAAAGCGUUUCUUAAUAAUAUACGUUAAAUGUUUAGUUAUUUUCGACGUAUAAUUUGCAUUUAUAACAUGAAACGAUCAGUAAUUCCAGUUUAUAAGAAAGCUGUGAUUGACACUUUCAGGUGUCGAAUUUAUUUAUUCUAUUUAUUUGUUAACUUGAAGAUAUUUUUGAUACAUGAAGUUUCGUAUUAAUAGAUCAGUAAAAUCCACCCAAAUCCAGCGGUCGAAAUCAGAUUAUCGAGAGAUCACCGCGAUGAUCUGCAAGACCGUGUCACAGGACCACCGGUCGGGGAAUCUCUUUCUUAAUCGAUCUUUAUUUGUUAAGAAAAUUAAUUUUAUUGCGCUUUUUCCCCAAUUUCCUCUCUCUCUCUCUCUCUCCUCUCUCUCUCUCUCCACCUUAAUUUUAUCUGCGUGAUAGCAGGGGCGUACGGAGCCGAGGCGCGCAUAAAACUGACCGGCGCUUCGGCAGGUGCUACUAGUCUCCCGUCUGACGUGGCUCGCGGCAAAUGUUCGAUACGUGCGAGGGAAAAUCGCGCGGCGCUCGAGUUACGGGAAUACGCGAGGAGAAGUACGCGCGAUCGAGGGGGCCGAUUUUCCGCCAAGGUGGAGAGGCUUCUUCUCGAGCGGUAGCGGAAACGAAACGUGAGUGGCACCGAUGGGCUUUAAACCGUCGAAACACUUGAACGUCGCCUCGGAGUUGCGCCCCUCUCGCAAAGUCGCGUUUUCCGAAAAUCUGCAUUCGCUUUCAUAAGAUUCUUUCAUACUUGAUGGUAAAAUAACAUUCGAUUUCCCAUCAGAGUGUAGCAGUGGAAAGGAAAUCUGAGCGAAAUCGGCAAACUUUCCUCCAAGUUCUUCAGCACCUUCGUUCUGCUUGGAUUUUUUUUACAAUUGCGUCUCAAAGUCUAUGUAAUCCGAACUUUAUUAAAAAAGAAUAGAGUUCCAGUUACCGAAGAAAAAAAAAAAGAAAUGAUAUGAUUGGUGAAAAACUGCAAUUAGAGAUUUUACAUUCUUAAAAAAAAAAAAAAAAAAAA